AUGCUCGAAGAGAUAAAGAAAUCUGUUUCCGCGAGCGGCGCAAGACCGCUCGCUGCGGGUGAUGAUGCUCCCGUCGCCGAAACUGGGGAUAUGGAGUUGCUGGCAACCCUGGGAUACAAGCAGGAGCUGCGCCGCCACUACUCAACACUGCAGAUCUUUGCCGUCGCGUUCAGUAUCAUGGGUCUGUUGCCCUCUAUUGCGUCGACCUUGUCGUUUUCCAUGCCUGCGGGUCCGGUGGGAAUGGUUUGGGUAAAUAUUGCGCCCAAAUCCAAAUACGACGCAUGGAUGUUGGGCUUUUGGCUGACUGGUGCAAUAGGUUGCUUUAUCUUUAUUGUCAGCCUGGCAAUGGCUGACCUGGCAUCGGCAAUGCCCACGGCCGGUGGUCUUUAUUUCUGGACUCACUACUACAGUGCUGAGAAAUGGAAAAAUCCGCUGAGCUUUGUGGUAGGAUAUAGCAAUACCAUUGGUUUGAUUGGCGGUCUCUGCUCUAUAGACUAUGGUUUCGCCAACAUGCUCCUCUCCAUGGUCUCCAUUUCCCGCGACGGCAACUGGACAGCUUCAAGGCCCAUCAUAUACGGCACCUACGCAGCCACGGUAUUCUCUCACGGCCUCCUCGCCACCUUUUUCGGAAGAAUCAUGCCAAAGAUCCAGUCGGCUUGCAUUUUUCUGAACGUCGGGCUCGUAGUUGCGUCAGCCGUUGCUCUCCCCAUCGGCAAAGCGAAGAACCACCCGCCUGUCAACUCGGGCGCGUAUGUAUUUGGCCAAGUCGAAAACCUCACCACCUGGCCAACGGGUUGGGCGUUUAUCAUGGCGUGGCUCUCGCCCAUUUGGACCAUUGGUGCAUUUGACUCGUGUGUCCAUAUGAGUGAGGAGGCUACCCAUGCUUCGCGCGCUGUUCCGUUGGGUAUCGUCUGGUCUACUGGCCUGUGUGGAAUUCUAGGGUUUUUAUCUGUGGCUACGAUUGCGACGUCCAUGAGUCAGAAUAUCGAGGGCAUUUUGAAUUCGAAGUUUGGGCAGCCUAUGGCUCAGGUCUACUUUGAUGCACUGGGCAAGAAUGGCGCCCUCGGCUUCAUGGCUGUGGUAAUGGUCGUGCAAUACUUCAUGGGACUUAGCAUCGUCCUCGCUGCCUCUCGCCAAAGCUGGGCCUUCUCCCGCGACGGCGCGCUACCAUUCUCGUCCUUCUUCCGCAAAGUCAGCCAGUCCCCAUUGAUGCAGUAUCAGCCCGUCCGGAUGGUCUGCGGCGUUUGUGGAAUGGCAAUAAUCAUCGGCCUCCUCGCGCUCAUUGACAACGCUGCCUCUAACGCCCUGUUCUCGCUCGCUGUCGCAGGCAACGACCUCGCUUGGCUAGUGCCCAUUUUGGCGCGUCUACUGUGGGGCCAGGACAAGUUCGUCCCUGGCGAGUUCUACACGGGCAAGUAUCUUAGCAAGCCGAUUGCAGUUGUGGCGAUCGUGUAUAUGGCUUUUGUGAUUGUACUCAGUAUGAUUCCUACCGAGGGACCAAACCCGUCACCGCAAAAUAUGAACUACACUGUUGUCAUCAAUGGAGCGCUUUGGCUCGGUGCUAUCCUUUACUAUGCUCUUCAUGCCAGGAAGACGUUUAAGGGACCGCAGACAACCCUUGGGCCGGAGGAUGUAGGUAAAACAGAGGCCGAGGUUUCUGAACAAAAGAUAUAG